UAAAAAUGGAAGAAGAAAAAGUUUCUACCGCUCCCACUGCCCGCGAUGAUGAAGAGAACGAAGAAUUUAUGAGAAAGCAGAUCGAUUUCCCACUAAAUAUGUGGGGUAGCCUCGAAUCUAUCAGAGAGAACACUAAAUAAGGGUGCCAAUAUCUUGGAAGGGGUCAUUAACUUUACCAAAACUUUUCAUAAAGCCUAUGAUACCUACCAGUCUACUAUAGAGAAAGCUCUGGAGAUCUUUGAAAAAGAAAUGCUCAAAUUUAGCACACUAGACACUACAAUGAUAUGUAUGUCCUCCUUCUGUGCUGAGAUGAAGAACAUGCUUUCGGAUAUGAAGAAUAAGUUGGAUGAAUUUGAUGACCUUCUGUAUCAUCCAUCUCAGCUCUUUGUAAAGCAUUACCAAGGCCAGAGCAAGAAGUACUACGAUAUCUCUAAGAAGUACCUCCAGGAGGUCGAAGCAGCAAGACAGCAAGCUAAUAAGGCCAAAGAUAGAUACUUCAAGCAUUCUGAUGCAAAGGUAGAUAGCGAGCAAGAAAUUGAAAAACGCCUCCAAGAACAUGAAGAUGGCAUCAUUACAUUUGAACAAAUGCAAGAGAUCUCAAACAAAGCUUUGAAUGUUAAGUAUAAGACUGAGGUAUCCUUCCAAGAAUAUAAGCAAGAGGUAGAGUAUCUCAACAAUCUACUACAAGAUGCUGAGACUGAGUAUAAUCCUGCUUUAACUGCCUUACAAAAGCAAGAAGAAAGAAGAAUAGAUUUUGUGAAAUACAUGAUGGAAAAAUUCUUAAAUUACUAUUCUCAAUGCGGCACAAUGCUACUCACCAAGGAAGACAAGUUCAAUGAUUCUGUGAAGAUGAUCAAUCAUCACACAGAUCUCCAGAUAUUUGUUGAUGAAAACAGGACCAAAGAAAGUAGAGAAAUCUUCUUUAGUAAAGUUGAGGUAAAUAUCUAUGAACCGAAAAGAAACAGUAAUAUAUCUAAUGAAAAUGGCGCCCAGUCCUCUACUGAUGCAAGUAGUGCUGAUAAUGACCCAUUUGGCGACCUCAAUGUGCCGUCACAGCGAGAGAUUGAGAAGAAUGUCCUCUUUGUUAAAGAUAAGAUAAAGAACAUGAUCAGAAACCAAAGUGAACUUACUAUGGAGGAUAAAGCUGAUAUCCUCAAUCUAAUUCACUUAAAAGAAGUAAAUUUUAAGAUCUCUGAAGAACUCAAAACGAUUUCUGACGUGAAGGAAUAUCAUGUGCUGAAAGAUCUGAGUGACAUUGUAAACUACAUGAUCACAGAGUCUAUUAAUGACAAGCAUAAUGAUUUCAAGAUCAUUAAUAAUAUAUUGAUGUGUUCCUCCUCAAUCUUCUGUAGGAGGCAGCCAGACGGAACUCCACAAGCUAAGAAGGCUUACCUCACAGAUCUGAUCAGACCUCAUGCUAUUUGGGGUGAAACCAACAGAUGGAAAACUUGGAUUUACUGCAUCGUCGAAGAGAAGAAGAAUGAAAAUAUCAACAAAAAGAAGAAACAAGUUUCUGAAAAGUAUAAAUAAGCUCAUAAAGGAGUCUGAAGUUGAUGACCCCAACGCAAGCAUGAUGUCCAAAUGGCUUUCUAGACUUCAUCAUGAAAAGAGAAGAGAGAUCGAGAAGCUAGAAGAGGAUGGCUGUGACCACAGAACGUACUUAAAUAUCAUAUUCAAUGUUUUAUCAACCUAUCUCAGACAUCUAUCUCAGUUCAACGUUCCUCUUGAUGUUUCGAAGCAAAUCAUUUUAUACUUCUGUGAAAGAUAUGAUUUGGAUAAGGACAGAACCCAGCUUAUACUUUCCGAACUUGAAUCUACAUAUUCCACAGAAGGCUUUACAGAAAUCGAAAUUGCUAAAAUAAGACUCAGAAAAAGAGAGAUUCUUAUGGAGACCCUUGAGAAUGACUCAGGGCUUGCUGUCCUUUACCAUGUGAGCAAUUACCUAGAUUCUGACAAAGAUUUACUACACAUUUUAAGCUUGAACAAAUCAACCAACCAGCUUCUGAAACCCAUAAUCUAUAGAAGAUGCCUACUGAACGUGAGGCAUAAUAUUUCUCCUGCCAAAAGAUCCUUCUUAUGGAACUACUUCCUUAAGUUGAGUGAAAUAAAAUGAGAAUAUAUCGCUUUGAGAGACAGAAUUAAUGAGAAUCCAGAAAUCAUUGAGAAGGUUGAAGAAGUUAUCACCUUAGAUGUCCAGAGAUCCUUCAAUAACACAGAGAUGAUCAGUAGAGAGAACCUGUCAAAUAUCUUAAAGACUUAUGCUUUCUAUAACCCAGAGAUCGAGUAUUGUCAGGGUAUGAACUUCCUUGCUGGAUUCUUCUACUUCUACUACAAGGAUGAAGAGAAGGCAUUCAAGGCAAUGCUAGGUUUGAUCAACAAGUUCGACUUGACAGAGCUUUUUAAUACAACUCUUCCCAGACUAAAGCUCUAUUUCUAUGUGCUUGAUAGGCUAAUCUCAAUGUAUUUACCAGAACUCCAUGAGCAUUUCAAGAAUGAAUACAUAACUUCCUCUCUAUUCUCUUCAGCAUGGUUUAUUACAUGCUUCUGUAACACGAUCAGCCAUCAGAAUACCUCAAAUCUGAACAAUAAUAUCUUAUUCUUCUGGGAUAACUUCGUGAUAGACGGCUAUGUAGUCAUUUUCAAAGUUGCCAUAGUCCUGCUUGGCCUUUUUGAAGAUAAACUCCUUCCUCUUUCUUUCGAAGAGAUCUUGAACUACAUCAUAGAUAUUCCUAAAAUCCUUUUCUCCAAGAAUGAAACAAUCGAGGAAAUGCUUGAGCCUGAAAAUAUCCAAGAUGAAGAAGAUAAAGAUGAUGAAGGAAGCAUCUUUGAACAAAGCCCCCUCAAGAAGGGUCACAUCAAGGGCAUUUUGAAGGAAAUAGACUUCGCUAGCUUACUCAAGGACUCACCAGUCAGCGAAGAACUGAUCCAGAAGAUAGAACUUGAGUACAAAGAGAAUGAGAAUAAAGGAAAUUUCAACUAA